AUGGAGGAGAUUCAGACUAUAGAAUGUGGAAUCGACAGCAGACAUUUCGGCAAUCCGAUGCCAUGGAUCGGUGUAUAUAUAACAGCAGCUUCUCUAGUUUGCUCACUUGCCGUGGCCGUCGAUAUCAGUAACGGGCUCCGCCUUCGAAAGCUCUGGUUUCCAUGCAGAUUCUUCUCGCUCAACCCCACUUCCUUGACCCUUCUAGCAAUCGCAACGAAACUGCCUGUCGAUCUUACCACUUCAAUGCCCGAGGCUCGAGAUCAGCUCACCAAGCUCAGUGGGACCGUCCUGAUUUGCACCGCAAUGGCUAACUUCAUGCCAUCUUUAGGAACCAUGGAAGACUCCCAGGUGAUCUUGAACGUUGUCCCGUUGGGAAUUCUAGUCAUCACGAUAAUUGUCAAUGUCUGCAUUGAAAUGGUUACCGGCGUCAUUUAUGCCUUUCGUCUGGAACAUAAGAUAAUCCUAUUUUUCUUGCUAAUCAUGCUUCUGAUUCUUUGUUCCUCUGCUUUAACGGUUUCAACCACGAGUCAGUUGCUAAAACAACAGUGCGAGUUGAAACACCAUCAAGCUUCAGAUGGGCCAGAUGUUCAAGUUGAGACAUCCACCGUUACGAAAUUGAAAAAUGAUGUGAGGAAAUAUUGGAUGAUGGCCCAUAGCUCUAGUCCUCAGUAUGUUCUCAGUCGCUCCUUGAUUGGCACCGCUUCGGGAGCUUUCUGUCUCUUGGGUGCUAUCGUUCUGACGGAGGCAUUCAUCGCAUCACUAUAUCAUCCUUCAACAGUACUCUUGUGUCAACGUCUCAUAUAUCCUUCAACAAGCCCUCCUGGAGUCAUUGCUAUUCAAUCCCCAUCAGAUUACCAGUGGUCGACUAGGCUUGUCUUAUUUUCUCAAGUAAUUGCAGUAUGGGUAGGAACUAUAGCCCCUGCUUGUAGAUGGUUUGCCGCCGUCAAUUCAAGGGGCUUUCAGAUAAAAACAUGGAGUGAAUUCAAAGGCAAGUUUAAGGUGGAGAGGUACUGGAUUCAGAAAUUGGUGGAAUGGAAAGAUAGCCCUUUACAUUUCCACAUCAAGAGCAGGAGCUGUCGAAGGUUCGUCUAUGGCUUUAGAAAUCUAAUACUGGAUGUCUGUCUAAAAAUGCAAACUGCAAUAGUCUUAUUCAGCAAAUCUGUUCGACUAACUUCUAUGCUGGCCAUGACUGGGCUCAAAAUGCAUGUGUCCUGCUUCCUCUCAAUCCUAGUACGAGGGCAGUUCAAGUCCUCUGGGAGUGCUUCGAAUGAGGAAACAGGUUCUUCUUCAAAUACAGAGACAUGCCUGAAUGAUUUCGUAUUACAUCUUGAGGGUGAGGAAUAA